AUGAAGGUCGCCGCGAUUGUCGUCCUUGCCCUCUGCGCUCUCCCGCUCCUUGCCUCUGCCGGCGGUGUGACCCUCACCCCGGACAACUUUGACUCUGUUCUCGACGGCUCCAAGCACGUCUUUGUCGAGUUCUUUGCGCCGUGGUGCGGCCACUGCAAGAACCUCGCGCCCGAGUGGGAGAAGCUCGGCGAGACCUUUGCCCGCCACUCGUCCGAGGUGGUCAUUGCCGCUGUGGAUGCUGAUGCUCAUCGCGAGCUCGGCAGCCGGUUUGGUGUCUCGGGCUUCCCUACCCUCAAGUUCUUCCCCAAGGGCUCGACCGAGCCUGAGGACUACUCUGGCGGGCGGACGGCCGAGGAUCUGGUGGCCUUUGUCAACUCGAAGACCGGCCUGUCGGAGAAGCUCAAGAAGAAGCCGACGGCCGUCGUCGAGCUGAACCAGGACAACUUUGACGACGUCGUUCUCAACGAGGACGCCUUUGUUCUUGUCGAGUUCUUUGCGCCGUGGUGCGGCCACUGCAAGGCCCUUGCGCCCGAGUGGGAGAAGGUGGCCAAGGCCUUUGCCAACGAGCCCAACUGCGUCGUCGCCGCCCUCGAUGCCGACAAGCACCGCGAGAUCGGCUCCAAGUACGAUGUCUCGGGCUUCCCCACCAUCAAGGCCUUUGCCAAGGACGACAAGUCCGGUGAGGAGAAGUACACUGGCGGCCGGACCGCCGACGACAUUGUCGAGUACCUCAACACGCAGUGCGGCACCUUCCGCACCACCGACGGUUCGCUGACCUCGGCCGCCGGCCGCGUUGCCGAGCUCGACGAGCUCGCCGCCCAGUUCCUUGAGGCCGACGACGCCACCCGCGCUUCGCUUAUCGACGCCGCCAAGGCCCUCUUUGAGUCGUACGACGGCGCCUUCCCCAAGGCCGCAAAGUUCUACUCGCAGGCCAUGACCAAGAUCGUGGCCCGCGGUGACGACUACGUCGAGACCGAGCCGGCUCGUCUCACCCGCAUGAUCGACUCGGGCUCGCUCACUGGCGCCAAGGUCGAUGAGUUCACCCUCCGCCUCAACGUCCUCGCUGCCUUUACCGAGGCAUAAUUGUCCUCAUACUCAAAUCAUCGCCCCCUAGUGAACGCUUGCGCUGCUCCUC